AUGUUUGUUGAAAACGGGCACAACAAGAACAAUCUAAUUAAUAUCGCCAGAAACUUUCUAAAAAACGAAUUAAAAAAUACCAAUUAUAAACCAACUGACAACCAACCAUUUAUAAAACUACCAUGGAUACCAAUCGUUGGUCCCAAACUUAGAAAGGAACUUAGAAAACAAAACAUAAAAGUUAUAUUUACAUCCGCUUCAAAUUUAAACACUAUUUUAUGCAACAAUAAGACAAAACUUCCUCCAAAUACAAACCCAGGCGUUUACCAACUAAAAUGUUCAUGCAAUUCUAUAUACAUUGGAGAAACUAAGAAGAAAAUUAUAUCGAGAUGUAUUAAACACCAGAAAAAUAGUGUUAAAGAAAAAUGGGCCAGUUCAGGUGCUACCGAACAUUCCAAAUCAUGCGAGGGUACAUUUGAUUGGCUGCAUCCCAAAACCAUAUCAAUCGCUCCAGAGUAUCAUAUUCGGAAAAUUCGAGAGUCACUCGAAGUAAACAGAGCUAAAGUUCGACAAAAACUUGGAAGUGAUGAAAGAUUUUUAAAUAGGGAUGAUGGUGAUUACGUGACGACAAAAAUUUGGGGGCCAUUUUUUGUUAGAUUAUUUGACGUCAACAUUUAA